AUGAAUAAAAACAAUUCAAUAACAUGGCUUGAUUGCUUAGCUACGGAAAUUAUUUUGGACAUAUUUGAUUAUUUAUCAUGUAAUGAUAUUAUUUAUACAUUCUUUUAUUUUAAUCAACGACUGAAUUCUAUAGUAUUGCAGUAUCAACAUUGCUCAAAUAAUUUCGAAUCAUCAGUAACACAUUUUAGUUUUUGGCAAAAUAAUUUACCGAUUAUUGGAUCACAAAUACAAUAUUUAACUAUCAAUACUAUUGAUUUCACAUUUCCAUUAACUUUAUUUCCAAAUCUAAAAUCUAUCAUUAUUUCUUCUCCGGUUCCUAUUGAUUAUGAACAAAUUGAUUUUAUAUUGAAAAGUGAACAAUUUAAUAAAUUAAAUUCAUUUAAAAUCAAAAAUGAAAUUUUCAACAAAGUUAUGUCUUAUGCAUAUUCAAAAGAGUGUGAACGAUCUUUCUUUAAAAAAGUAUUUAACAAUGACAACUCAUUAGAAACAUUUGAAUGCUUAUCAGAAAUAUAUUUUUGUAGUUUGAAAGUAAUUGAUAAUAUAGUAGGCAACAUAAAUAUUCAUUCAUUAUCAUUAAAAUCAGCGGAAUUCUCAAGUGCAUUUUCCUUUCUUAAAUACACACCAAAUUUGAAAAUUUUCCAUCUAAUCGCAACAACAUAUUAUCUACAUGACAAAUUAGAUGAAGAACUAGAUUUAUCUAAGAUUAAAUUAGAAAAACUUCAUUUAACAUUAAAAAUAGAUGCUAGCGAUGGUAUUGUGGGUGGACAGCAAUUUCGUUUAUUGACAAGUCUUAUAAAACAAUUCUCAUCAUCAUUAAUUUAUUUAUCAUUGAAUUUAAAUAUUAUAAAAAUUGGUGCAGUAGAUGAUAUACCACUCAAUGGUAUUCAACUUCAACAACAAUUAUUAGAACCAAUGACACAAUUACAACAAUUUCAUCUUUACGCAAAAUUAUGGAACCAUUCAAGUGAUAUAAAAAGUAUUUUAUCGACAUUUCAAAAUCAAUUUUGGUUUGAUCAUAAUUGGUCAGUUGCAAUGCAUGGAAACUAUUUAUAUACAUUACCAUUUCAUUUUGAUAAACUCUAUGAUUUUAUUGAUUUUGAUCAUGUUAAAUCAAAUGAUUCAAAGAUUCUAAAUUAUCCUUGGACAUGGUAUCAUGUUACAUCGAUUGAUUUUUCUAAUUCAGUAAAAUUAAAUUUAAAUUUAAUAAAACAAUUGAAAAUGAAAAUGCCAAAUUUAACGUCAAUCACAUUUAAUUCACUUUCUUCUCAAUGUUUUGAAACGACAGAAGACUCAUCUAGAAGUAACAAUGAAUCACAUAAAAUUAACACAACAUUAGAUACUGUGACUACUGUUCAUUUCGGAGGUGAAUCGAUGGAAAAUAUUAACCCAUGGUUAUUCGAUAUCUUACCAAAUUUAAAACAUUUAGUUUUAUCCGGUACGACUCAAUUCUUCCCACAAGUGGAUAAAAAGAUUGAAAGAUUAAAGAUACUUAAUUUGUAUGCUGUUUCCGAUUUCAUAAAGCCAAACUAUGCUAAUUUUCCCAAUCUGCAACAUGUAGAAAUGCAAUUCUUCUUAGAUUCUGAAUUAAAUUUAAAUAACUAUGCACCAUAUUGUGUUAUGAAAAUAUUAAAAAGUUUCGAACACUCGAAGACUUUGAUGAUUCACUUUUAUUGGCAUAGUGAAGAUGGUUGGUACCGUAUAUCCAUAGCUGAUCUAAGCAAAAUGAUUGCCAAGUUAGAUAUGAACGAAAUUUUGAAAUCCUUCGAAAUGAAGUAUUUUUAUAAUUUUCUACAGUUUGUCAAAAAAGAACAGUGA